AUUUAAUGCUAACGAAUGAAUGAAAAUGCAGUCCUUUUAUAUCAAUGUCGGCUUGCUUUCGUUUGCGUCAUUUUUAAUCAUUUUGCAUUUAGGAGAGGUUUCUGCUGAGGUGACUGGAAAUGGAUUUGGUGACCACAUCCACUGGAGAAGCCUGGAGGAUGGGAAGAAAGAGGCUGAAGCAAGUGGACUUCCUCUAAUGGUCAUCAUCCAUAAGACCUGGUGUGGUGCCUGCAAAACGCUGAAACCCAAGUUUGCCGAAUCCAAGGAGAUCUCUGAGCUUGCUCACAACUUCAUCAUGGUUAACUUGCAGGAUGAAGAGGAACCAAAAGACGAGGCUUUCAGUCCAGAUGGGAGCUACAUUCCCAGAAUACUUUUCCUGGAUCCCACUGGUAAAGUCCAUCCUGAGAUCACGAACAAGAAGGGAAACCCAAACUACAAUUUCUUCUACAGCAACGCUGAUCAAGUGUUGGCCAGUAUGAAGGAGGCUCAGGAGAAGUUGACUGGUGAUGCUUUCAGGAAGGCGCACAUAGACGAUGAACUGUGAAGCAUCAUGGCAGCUAAGCUGGUACACUACAUUUUUCUGCCAAGCCACUCCAGGGUUCAGCCCAGACCGUAACUCUUCGUUUUAGCGCUCGUGGAAGACGUAGAACCUUAUAACCAAUCCAUGCUGCUCAUAAAUCCACUUUUUAGGUUUUAAACUGGCACAAUAUGAACCUAAGUUUGCCGUCCAUUAGUCUAAGGUGCUGCAGGAUUUGCUCUGUUUUUUUCUUUUUGUUUAUUUUUUUUAGUUAUGUUUAACACAGAGCAAUACAUCUCUUAUGACCCCUCCUACAUGUUAUACAGACUCCACAUUGGGAAAAGUUAUCACGUGCUUCCAGGCUGCAAAACAUCAGCCCAUUAACAAACAGCCUUAUAUUCAAUCACUCCAGAAAUGAACCUUGAUGAUUUUAUAUUUCUCAUCUUAAAAGUCCUAACCUGUAUUUCUAUUAUCCUGCCAAUUUGUGUAAUCUAGUCAGCUGUGAAUUUGCCUCUAAUUUUAUAAAGCGUGAGGUUUUUAUUGUGAAAAUAUAAAUGGGAAGUGGGAUGUGUGUGCAUUUGCAAUACUGUAUUUUUAAUGUAUGUAUGCAGCCAAGUGUAUAAAUAAAGUUGGUACCUGAUAAGUUAUACAACUA